AAUCUGCUUCCUCAGGUCGGAGGGGACCCUAAAUCAGACGGCUCCCCCCCCCCCAGAAACCCGCUGAUACUAGUUGAAUCUGGAGCGCCUCACAGCUGGAUGAGACCUGGCCUCAUACAGAUGUGGCUCCUUAUUAUCCUGCUAGGAAAACUGAAGAUAUUAGUCUGAUUAAUUAGGGGAGGCUUUGUGUGAUUGAAUCUUCCAGAUGUUUUAGCAGCUCCAGUUGCAGUCCAGAUCUGACUGGUCCACGUCGGAUAAGCAUGGCAGCCGACCUGUCCACCUCCAUUAACAUCAAGGAGCCCCGGUGGGACCAAAGCACAUUUAUCGGUCGAGCCAAGCAUUUCUUCACUGUCACAGACCCAAGGAACGUUCUCCUGACCAACGAACAACUCUCACACGCACACAGAAUCAUCACAGACUACAGAAAAGGCAUCGUCUCUCCGGGUCUGACGGAAGAUGAACUGUGGAGGGCUAAAUAUGUUUUCGAUUCUGCCUUUCAUCCGGACACAGGAGAGAAGAUGAUCCUGAUCGGCCGAAUGUCGGCUCAGGUUCCCAUGAACAUGACGAUCACCGGCUGUAUGAUGACGUUUUAUAAGACAACCCCCGCCGUGCUCUUCUGGCAGUGGAUCAACCAGUCCUUCAAUGCAAUAGUGAACUACACUAACAGGAGCGGCGACGCUCCAAUCACAGUUAGUCAGCUGGGCACAGCUUAUGUCUCGGCCACCACAGGAGCUGUCGCCACGGCUCUAGGACUAAACGCACUAACAAAGCACAUCUCACCCCUGAUUGGACGUUUCGUUCCAUUCGCCGCUGUAGCGGCCGCUAACUGUAUCAACAUCCCGCUGAUGAGACAAAGAGAGCUUCAACAUGGCAUUCCCAUAACAGACGAAAAUGACAACAGGUUAGGCGAGUCAACCAAAGCUGCUCAGCAGGCCAUCUCUCAGGUCGUCGUCUCUCGGAUCCUCAUGGCUUCUCCUGGGAUGGCUAUCCCUCCAUUUUUAAUGAACCACCUGGAAAAGAAGGCUUUUCUGAAGAGAUUCCCAUGGAUGAGCGCACCCAUUCAAGUCAGCCUGGUGGGAUUCUGCCUGGUGUUUGCCACUCCUCUGUGCUGCGCGUUGUUCCCUCAGAAGAGCUCCAUGUCGGUCAGCCGCCUGGAACCAGAGCUGCAGGAGAAAAUCCGUACCAGCCACCCGGGCGUGGAGCGGGUCUACUUCAACAAAGGGCUAUGAGCCGCCCCCCCACCCGGACACAGCACCCUCUUUUCUGACUGCUCUCCUCAUUCAGUGUGCCAAAGUUGGUUCUUCUUGUCUUAUUUCCAGCAUUCAUAUCCAAACCUGAGGACUCCCCCUCACUGUUGGUCUCUGUUAAACAAAAUAGGGCAAGAUAUUUGCUCUUAUCAAUGUGGUUGUUGAUUUUGGGCCAAACGAUUCUUGCAGUUGACAUCAUCAAAUGUUUUUCCCCAUGGCUGUGCUGUGGCCCCGUGUCAACUUAUAUAAAAUGAACAUUUAUUUUAUGUGCAGUGUUUAGUUUCAGUUUGGUGACUUGUUGAUCGUUUGUUCCAGUGAAUCACUGUAUUUCAGGUAGGCAGACACUUUUUUUUUUUAAUUCACCUGUGUUGUAACCGGUUCCAAAACCUGCUGUAUUUUUUUUUUUAGCCAAGUUGGUACAAAGUGAUUAUAUGAAAAGCAAUCCACUUCUAAUCUUCUAUCUUAAACUGAUUCUCUAGUGAUCAGCCCUGUAAAAAUGUGAUGGUUCCUGCCAGUAAUGGGCCAAAACGGUGCUAUUUGAUGUCUUAAUAUGCAGAGUUUAUCAUAUUAUUUAUUCCUCUUGGCAAACAACAUACAAACAAACAAAAAAAAAAAACACUGCUCAGCUCCUUUUAUCCUAAAAUCUGUUGAGAAUUACAAUGAUUUCUGUAUACAUUUCAAAUUUUGGGAAGUUUAGCCUUUUUUUUUUUUUAGGUGCAGCAGCAGAUGGUUAUAAAAGUAUGCAGAGGCGAAGGUUCUCCAACAGCAUGAAUUAUGAGCUUUCCUCUUUGUUAUUAUCAUGAAAGGCCAGUGAAGCAUUUACCGCUCCGUGGUAACCGCAAACUUCAUUGUAUUUUAUUCUGAAUGAAUAUAACUGAAUAUUGCAGAAAAACGAUUAUGGAUGGCAUUAAUUAAUUUUUCUUAUUAAAUUUAUCUUAAUUACACCUUACAGCGUGCAAUUAAAAAUGUUGUCCACUUGUGAUUAAAUGGGUAUCUAUAAAAUAUAUAUUUUGAAGGGUGUUAGCUGAUAAUAUAUGUUGCAUUUGGAACAAGAUAAUUUUGGUAGAACUUUAAAGGUGCAUUGUUUAUUUUAGAUUUUGAAAAUUUAAAUGCCAUUUAAUCUGUCUUGUUGCAUAUA